AUGAAUUCAUUCAUUUCCGGUAGCUUAAUGAUCAUAAUUCUAUUUAGUUCAGAGGUCACUGCUGCUUCUGAAUGUUGUCGAACAGGUGGCUUUUGGUCUGAAUGGAAUGGUAAUGUAGCUGAUUGCGCCGAUACGUGCGGAGGUUAUGGAACUUAUAACCGAACGAGAACUUGUUUAUCAGAAGCUGAUGGAUGUCCAUGCACUGGAGAGACUGAACAAGUGGCUGUAUGUGAUAGAACACCUUGUAACUAUCCAAGAUAUCUCAGCUGUGCCGAAGGAUAUAGCGCUGGCUUACUUCUUAAUCGAAUUGCUUGCAAGAAGCCGGAUGAGGAGUUAGUAAACGAAACUCCAGAAGUAUCAGAAUGCGCUGAAUGUUGCCCACCAAAAGGAAUUUGGAGUGAAUGGAAAGGACAGGGUGUCUGCAGUGACACUUGUGGAUCAUUCGGCGUUUUGAUUCGAAAUAGGAAAUGCUUGUCCGAACAGUAUAACUGUCCUUGCGAAGGAGAAACAAAAGAUGAAGUUCCCUGCAAUCCUACGCCCUGUACGAAUUCUACAUCUACUUGUAACGCAGGGUUCGGAUUACAGUAUAAUGAUAAGGUUGGAUUAGUGAUAUGCGCCGCUGUCAACCCUGUCGUGGAAGAAGUUAUACCUAUUUCUAAUUGCUGCGAUCCAGAGAGAUUGGGAUUGUGGAACUCAUGGUCAGAGUGGUCACUCUGCUCAGCAACAUGUGGAAUGUGCGGCAAGCGUAUCAGAUCACGCACAUGUGCCAGUCAAAUGCAUGGAUGCGCCUGCAUCGGAUCAAACAAAGAAGAAAAACCCUGCGGAAAUAUACAAUGCGAAGGAGAAGAGACUUGUUGCUCACCAGCCGUUCCAGCUAUUGCAUUCGAUGGAUCAAAGAUCUGCACACUAAACUCAGAUGCUUUGACAACAACAGCAACAACAGCAACAACUAGUACAACAACAGAUUCCAUGUUGGGCAGUUGGUCAGUAUGGAAAGCUGUCUCUGGAUCAACAUGCAAUGACACUUGCGGAUCUUGUGGAAGGCUAUCAGCUGCAAGAACUUGUCUUCCUGCUGGAGCUACCUGUCUAGGAGAAGCUACAGGACUGAUCCCAUGUAAUCCAGUAGUGUGUGCUUUUCCUCGUAGCACAUGCUGUACAGGAUACAAAAAACAUUUUGAUGCAGGACUUCGCAUGUUCGACUGUGUCCCCGAAAACUGA